UUAGCAUAUCUCCGAGACUACAAGACCCAUAUCGCAAUAGAAAAGGAACACUAUCACAAAAUGUCAUGGUGGCAUGUAAUUUUGAUAAUCAAUUCGUCCAUGUUAGUGCGCGCUCGGAAGGUUCAGCUUCUGAUGCUCGAGUGCUACAAGAUGCACUAGAAAAUAAUUUCUAUGUGCCAGAGGGGAAAUUUUAUUUGGUUGAUGCAGGAUAUGCAAAUACACCUAAUUUUAUUGCACCCUACCGAAAUGUCAGGUACCAUUUGAACGAGCAAGCCAAAUGCAACCAAAGGCCACAAAAUGCUAAAGAGCUAUCCAAUCUCAGGCAUGCACAACUCCGUAAUCACAUCGAACGCAUCAUUGGCGUUGUGAAGAAGCGUUUCCCAGUAUUGAAGGGUGCUGCACAUUACCCAAUUGAAUUUCAACCUGAUAUUGUCAUAGCAUGUUGUGCACUUCAUAACUUUAUUCGCAAUCAUGAGGGGGGCGAACAAUGGUUUGACCAGGUUGGCUCCAAUAUUGACCCAACACAUAUAGUUGAUAUUCCAAGUGGGGAUGCAAAAUACAGAAGUGAUGUACAAUCUCUCAAUGAGCGGCGGGCAUUGGGUCAUUCAAAAAGGGAUCAAAUUGCUGAAUCGAUGUGGAAAGACUACUGUGAGUAUCUCCAGGAGCGCGCUAGAAGAAAUAGCACAUGACUUGCGCAAUUGUUGAAGCAAGAAUAAAACUCAUAUGAUCAGUAGAAUCAUUUUAUGAAAAAUUCAUAAUGUAGUAGCUUUCUCAUUCAUGAAUAAUGUACUUUACAUUUCUAUGAGUAGAUAUGUAAUGUAAAAUGCGUCAUGUACCAUGGA